AUGGCAACUUUCGUUCCUCAAUCUGCUGUGAUCACAUCAUUUGAUAGCAGCUUCAAAGGACGCUUUGCACAUUACGUCACAAAACCGGAGCGAGAUCGAGGUCUUGUAAGCAUCUUGGCGACGGAUGUUUUUGAUCCGACUGUCAAGGUUGAAUUCGAGAGAUCGACAGUCGACCGAAGGUUUUUCCACCUCCGACUUGUGUUUAGCAACAGAUACUGGGCACGCGGUCCGGUUUCAGGGUGGAUUUUGGCUGGCUCCGACGAAAGAGAUGAAGAUACAUCCCGGCCAACAUGUACACUGUUUGAGCCUGUUUAUGAUGCACAGACAGGAUCCUAUACACUAAUUUUCGUUCACAGCGGAAAGCGUGUACGAGCAACUACAACGAACAGCCGACUCCAAAUAGACGACGCAGAUACAGGAGGUACCGUAAAUUCUUUUUAUCGUUUCAGUUUGAUCGAGUGGGAUUCAUUGAUAAAACUUCCCAAGUAUGUAGUAUUCCAAGGACAUAAUGACAAGUUCCUCAGAGAAUGGCAUCAUCAAAGAUUCUGGUUCCUUUCAUUCUCAGCCGACGAAAGCAAUGCACCGGGAACGGCUUUUGAGGUGGUUGAGAAUGGAGAUGGACAUGUCCGCAUAAGGACAUUAGAUGUUUCCGGUCGGAAUUGGACACAGUUUGAUGAUUUUAUAAGGAUAUCCUCACAAGAUACCCCCAACACUUUGUUUUGGCCGGUCAGACUUGCAGGUAAUGUAAUUGCUCUUCGUAGCGCAAACAACAACAGAUUUAUUCGACCUCUGGAACAGCCCACCUCGUUAAUGAAUGGUUGCCUGACUGCUGAUGCUUUCGGAAUUGUUCAACAAUCUAGAAUGGUAGUGAAAGAACUUGUACUCGGGAGACGGAUCUUCGACGUUGUAUAUUACAUGGAUAAUGCUCGGAUAUACGGUCGCAGAGCUGUCAUAGCAGGCAGUGGCCGUUCCACUAACAACACACCGGAAGAAGCUAUUCAAACCAUUUCUGUUUCGUAUACUGAAACUAGGUCUUACUCUUUUACAAACAGCAACUCGCUAUCGACUGGUGUCUCUACCUCCAUCACUGCAGGUUUUGGAAGAAUAGUGUCGCUCGAGGUAGGUGUCGAAAUAUCGUCGGAGCAAACUGUCGCGGUGGAGGUGGGUGAAGAAGUGUCGACAUCCGUGACCUCAGAGGCUUCAUAUACAGCACCUGUGCCGCCGUUCAGCACAAUAAUAGUUAAUUAUGUGGCAACAGAAGCAAAGUGCGACAUUCCGUUCUCGUACACCCAGCGAGAUCAGAUGUCUACUAACGGUACUUUUCGUUCUAGUCGUAAUGAAGAUGGUGUGUAUAAGGGUGUCAACUACUUCAGCUUCUACUUCGACCAACCUGUCGUUAGAAGUCUAAUAAAUAAUGAAUAA